GAAACUUCUCUGUUAAUAGUUUGCUUGUGUGUGAAUUUUCCUGAGCUUGUUAACAUAAUUAUUGCAGGGAUUAUCUCCAUUCCAUAAUUGUUGCACUCAUAGCAUCUUGGAAGUGCUUUUGUUAACCCUUUGCAUGCUAUCGGCGCAUAUUUGCGCCAACGCGCGGUAUUCCCUCACCGCUAACGGCGCACAUUUGCGCCCGAUUGGGCGCUGCUUUUAUUAAGCGAAUAUCUACGUCAUCCGUAACCCCUGACCUUCAUCCGGGUAUUUUAUGAUAAUGUCGAUACAUGGAUGCCAUUUUCAACGUGUGAUCUCCGAAAGUUUUCUUGAAAAAUCUCUCAAAAACGCUGUUUGAACAUCGCGUUUUCGGUAUCAGAUUUGCAUAAAAACAAAAGUAGCGCGUCAUGUAUGCUGAUGAUGCAUUUAGGGAGAUUUUUGAGGACGCAGACUCCGGAGAAUCGGACUUUGAAGAGGUUUUGGCAGGCGAUGAAAUCGAUGGUGAUAGCGAUCAUGGCGAUGUAUACGUGUCCGAAUCUGAAUCGGACAACGAGGUAGUAGAUCCAGCGCCAGCACCGGGCAACAACGGACCACGGGCGGGUGGAAAUGGACAGCAAGUGCGGCCGCGGAGAGUGCAGGGUGGCGGAGAUGUGGCUUUCCGCGCUGCAUUGCCGAGGGCUUACCAGCAUGACUGGCUGAUGGAUUUCAACCAGCCACAUGGACAGAUGAUUUUUGCUGAGGAUGGUGUGAUUGGUGAGGAUGACAUCUCAGAGUACGCAAUUUUUUCCCACUUCUUUGAUUUGCUUGUAACUGAAACGAACAGAUACGCCGCAACUACUAUCGCUAGUAAAGGGGGUGUGGAUGGCCUUAGACGACACUCAAGACUUCGUAAAUGGCGAGAUGUUGAUGCCGGAGAAAUGAAAGCGUUUCUCGCCAUUCUACUUCUCAUGGGUAUGGACAGACGGCCAAAUUACGAUGCCUAUUGGACAACAGAAUGGACUAUUCAGACCCCGGGUAUCCGCGCCAUUCUGUCUCGUGAUCGAUUCUACCUGAUUCUACAAGUCUUCCAUACUACGGACAAUGCGCUACUGACACAGGCUGGUGACCCAAAUCAUGAUCAUCAAGGCAAAAUAAAAGAGGUAAUGGACAUGCUGGUGUCCCGUUGGCAGUCGGCAUACUACCCCGGACGGGAGAUUGCAGUGGACGAGACGAUCAUCCCCUUUAAAGGUAGAAGCUCAAUGAAGGUGUACAAACCAAAUAAACCUCACAAAUGGGGCCUCAACUGUUGGAACAUUGCGGAAUCCAACACGGGUUACAUCUGGAAUUCGGAACUGUACCAGGGCAAAACCAACAACGAGACUGAAGUUGGGUUGUACAAGAACGUGGUCUUGCGUUUAUCGCAACCCUUCAAUGGUAAGGGCCACCAUAUUUAUAUGGAUAACCUGUUUUCGUCCCCCGAGUUGUAUUUUUCACUCGCGGAAAAUGGUAUCGGAGCAUGUGGCACAUUGCGUGUAAACCGGGUCGACACCCCAAAUGAGAUCAAAGAGACUAAAACGAAGAAAGGAGAUCCCUUGUGUGCAGUUAGGGACGGCGAUCUCUUGUUUUUGUCAUGGUUUGACAAACGGCAAGUCAACGUUGUGACCUCAGUCCACAACCAGUCAACAUUCCAGAAGGAUGUUCGUGCCCGUGGGCAACAGGACCCGCGAAAAGUGGACAAACCGGUAGCCAUCGAGUGCUACACACGCUUCAUGGGUGGAGUAGACCGAGCCGAUCAAGGUAUGUGGUAUUACCUGAAUAUCCACAAAACCCUCAAGUGGUGGAAGAAGGUGUUUGUGUACCUGCUGGAGGUCUCGUAUGUCAAUAGUUGGAUCAUUUGGAAACGCCUUCAUCCUGCAACCAGACUGAAACCGGAAAAGUUUCGAUACGCAGUCAUCCACGGUCUUCUCGAGGGACAUGUUCCGCCAGACGUGAGACCUGGGAGGAGAUCCAUCGACCAACCGUUGCGUCUGACCGAGCGGCAUUUCCUGAAGCAUAUCACCGCAGUGACGGCAGCCGGCCGCAAGUCCAGACCAGACUGUGUCGUCAGCUCUAAUCGCAGCGUCAAGCGCCACCAAAUCGAGUAUGCCUGCGAGGAGUGCAACCUGCCAAUGUGUCCCGUCCCAUGUUUUCGCAGAUAUCAUACACUAGUUGACUACAAAGCAAACUGUGAGCCAGGAUACCACUGACUUCUCCACCAAGCAUGGUUGACAUGGACAUGUAAAGCCAUGAAAUAUGAACAAAUGAACAUGAACAGUGAACAGUUACUGGCUAGUUUGUGUAAUUGUACAUGUGUUUUUUCCAAGCGUGUGUGCCUGAUACGUGUGCAUGUGUACGUACAUGUACAUGUACAUGUACAUGUGCCUACAUGUAUACGUGAACUGUAAACUCUCGGAAUUUCAAAAUUCUGUAUCUUGCAUAUUACCCAUCAUAAAAACAUGCUUUUUGGACUGUUGUAUUGGAAAUCUUAUGCCCUACAAAUGAUUCACAGCAAGUUUUACUAUACAGAUGUUCCUUCAUUGAGAAAAAAAUUAGUUAUUGAAUUGACAUCUCUUGAAUUGACAUCAGUGUGUGUUCAUAAAAACAAAUUAUGGUGAAAAUAUUUCAGGCUAAACAACCAUGAUUUUCAAAAUUAUGUAACUUCAACAAUAAACAUUGCAGAGACACCAUUUUUGAACAAA